AUGGACACAAACAGGGCUGUAGUGUUGGAGCUGGAUGUGAUGAUCCUUGUGUUGGAGCUGGAUGUGGUGAUCCUUGUGUUGGAGCUGGAUGUGGUGAUCCUUGUGGGUCCCUUCCAGCUCGGGAGAUUCUCUGAUUCUCUAAGAUGCCUCAUUUUGUUUGCUGGGGCAAUCUCUGGAGGUCCCCUGAGGGGCACUCUUCAGCAGGAUGUGCUGACAGGGCGAGUAAUUGGAGGCCACGAAGCCCAACCAAACAGCUGGAAGUGGCAGGUAUCACUUCAGAUUGCCUACCCUAACGACCCGGGGUACUAUGCUCACAUUUGUGGUGGAACCCUUAUCAGCAGCAAGUGGGUCAUGACUGCAGCCCAUUGCCUCAGCGUGCCCCCAGGAGCAUCCUACCGUGUGGCUCUGGGUGAGCACAACCUCCUGGAGGUGGAUGGCACAGAGUACUACAUUGAUGUGGUUGCAAUCUUCAUUCAUGAUGGCUGGAAUCCCAGUGACAUUGCCAAUGGCUAUGACAUUGCCCUGCUGCGCCUCGAGUCUCCUGCCAAUGCCAACGGGUUUGUCGAGCUCGGAGUGCUUCCACCUGAAGGAGAAAUUUUGCCCAAUAACUACCCCUGCUAUGUCACCGGCUGGGGGGUGGUUAGUGCGGGGGGCGGCAGCGCAGACAGGCUGCAGGAGGUGAUGCUGCCGGUGGUCGACCACGAGACCUGCUCCCAGGAUGAUUGGUGGGGAUCCCUGGCAAAGGACACCAUGCUCUGUGCAGGUGGAGAUGGCGUGAAGGCUGGAUGCAGUGGGGAUUCUGGGGGCCCUCUCAACUGCUACAAAGAUGAUCACUGGGAAGUCCAUGGGAUUGUCAGUUUUGGGUUAGUACCCUACUGUAACACCUACCAGAAACCAACAGUCUUCACUCGAGUGUCAGCCUAUGUGGACUGGAUCUACAGUACUAUGGAGAAUAACGGGGGGUUCUAG